AUUGACACUGCGCAACAAAUCACCAGGUAUCUGUCAGUGUUAAGUGCGUAACAAAUUGGAUAUAAAAAGUAACAUAAAUAUUUUUUUACGUUUUAAACAUGUCCUACGCUUAUUUGUUUAAGUAUAUAAUCAUUGGGGAUACAGGUGUGGGUAAAUCGUGCCUGCUGCUCCAAUUUACAGAUAAACGUUUUCAACCCGUACACGAUUUAACAAUAGGAGUCGAAUUUGGGGCCCGAAUGAUUACAAUCGAUAGCAAGCAAAUUAAAUUGCAAAUUUGGGAUACCGCUGGCCAAGAAGCUUUCAGAUCUAUCACGAGAUCAUAUUAUAGAGGUGCCGCUGGGGCUUUAUUAGUAUAUGACAUCACUAGAAGGGAAACUUUUAAUCAUUUAACGACUUGGUUGGACGACGCUAGGCAACAUUCGAAUUCGAAUAUGGUUAUUAUGUUGAUUGGAAAUAAAAGUGAUCUGGAAAGUAGACGGGAAGUUAUGAAAGAAGAAGGGGAAGCGUUCGCCCGUGAACACGGUUUAGUUUUUAUGGAAACUUCUGCUAAGACUGCCGCCAAUGUGGAAGAGGCUUUCAUAAAUACAGCAAAAGAAAUAUACGAAAAGAUUCAGGAAGGAGUUUUCGACAUAAACAACGAGGUAAUAUUUAGUAAAUUUUGUUUUAUCUUCGUUUCCAUCCAUUGUACGGUUUUUCAGGCUAACGGAAUUAAAAUAGGUCCCCAACAUUCCCCUACUAACCCCUCGUUGCCGGGAUCGGGAGGUGCUGGAAACGCACAAGGAUCUGGAUGUUGUUAGAUUUAAAAAUAUUUGUCUUAAAGGACUGUUCUGAUUUACAGGAUUGUUCUGCUGUUUUUUUAUUCAUCUCUAAGUAAAUAAUUAAUGAAACGUAUAAAUUUUUGUUGAAAUAAACAAUUAGAUGCAUUCUCAUCAUUACGCUCAAUAUUUCGUUUUUUUUUAUCUACAGUAGGAUGAAAAAUAACUCAACACGAUGUUGAAGUCAAAAAAUUUAUUUGAUGGAUAAAAAAAUUGCUCAAAUGAUAUUUUAUUGGAUUUUUGGACAAUUUUAUUUUUGAAUCCAAUGAAAUGUGCGAAUAACAUUUGUCGGUAUUGGUUAUUAGAUUUUAUAAUUUUGAGGUGAAAUAUGAGAAAAAAUUUUCCUAUUUUCAAAUUUAAUUUGUGGACGAAAAAUGCUUUGACGAAACAAAUUUUAUCGAAUGACUUUGGGUUGAUCAUUUUUUCCUAUUCUUCUCAGAACACACAAUUGACGUGGCAACGCCGUUUGCCUUUAUUUUCAUCAAAAUGGCGACCGACCAUCAACAACAUUUUUGAAACAUACAACAUAAUUUUGAAAAAAAGUUGAGGCGUUCAUGAUUUUUUUUGUGGUUUGAAACCUUUUGGGAUCUUAUCAGACACUUAAUGACUUCAAUCUACGGUUCAAUAUUUACAAAAAUGCCUUGCUGCCACAUCAUUUUUUCAUUUGAGCAAAAUUAUGGUGAUGUCGAAUAUUGAAAGAAAAACAGUGUUGCCAUGAGAAAUUGGCGAUACAUUUUUACUAGCUGUAGGGAAAAUUUAGGUAAUAACCUUUACAUGAUGAUAUCGCAAUAAAUGCGGUGUUGCCACGUCUAUAUUUUUCACUUAAAUAACUAUUUUUCCCUAGUCCUAGGGAAAAACCAAGUAGCAAGUAUUUCGAACCUGUUAUGUAAAGAAAUGCGGUGUUGCCACGUAAAUUUUACACUUGAACAAUGCUCUCAAAGUUUCCUAGUUUUAAGGAAAAAUCUAGUGACAGGUGAAGUCGAAAGAAAAGCAGUAUGUUGCGACGUUUCCGUUUCUUCUUAGAUGUAGGAAAAAUCCCAUGGUGAUUUGAUCGUUUCAACGGUGUUGCCACGUAAAUUUCAUACUUAAAUGGUCACGUCUAAUACCUGUCAAAAAAUCGAGAGAAAUGCAAUUUUGCCAUGCCAGUUUAAUACUUCAGAGCGGACACAUUUCCUAGCCGAUUGUCUGUCAAAAGUCAAAGAAAAUGCAGUGUUGCCACAAUGUUUUAUUUUCCCUAGCUGUAGGGAAAAAAUUGUCUUCAAAAUAAUAAAAUCGUCCUGUAUUAAAACUCGAAAUAAAUGCGGUGUUCAUCAGUUUAUUUUCUUCUUUUUUAUUUUUUGUUUUUUCUCACAACUGGCAACAGCGAAUGAUUUUAGGUUAUGUCCUAGAAUCAUUACUGUUUUCCUUCUUUUGGAAAUACACUUUAUUGAAAAUGAGAUAAAAAUUGUUCCUUUUUGAAAAAUUUGGUUCAACUUUCCACUUAAAUGCUACAAAAAAGUCAUAACUAAAAACAAAUGGUAUUUUUUUAUCGAAGAUCGUUAAAUAAGGGUUGAAAAUGAUAUUUUGGUACCAAAAAUGUCGAAAAUCAUUGAAUUUAAGCUUAUUCUCAUCCAAUACCGUCAUAUUUAUUACUAGUUUAUUUGUAUGAACACUUGUAUAUUCAAUAAAAUCAGAUGCGGUUAUUAUUGUUAUAAUUUUUUUGUUUUUAGUCAAUUGAUGUAAAGAUUUUUAUAUUAUUUAAUUUAUUUUUCUCUAUAUUACCGAAUUAUUAAAAAUUAAAAAUCAUUUAACCUUAUAUAAUUGGAAAAAAAAACGAUCUUUUCUGUAAGCUUCUUAUGAAAUAUAUUAUUAAUUCCCAAAAA